CAAACAUGGCUAAAUCUAGGCUGGAAAUUAAUUUUAUCAGAUUAUUAUCCCGAUGUGAGUCUAUUGCAUCCGAAAAAAGAGGGGAGACGGAAUGGAGACUAGAGAAAUAUGUUGGGGCCCUGGAGGAGAUGUUAGUGGCACUGAGGAAAAGUCCCAGCAAACCUACCGCAGAGGUCCUGACUGACUACAACCGCAAAAUAGAUUUCCUCAAAGGGCUCCUAGAGGCAGAGAAACUGCCUUCCUCCACUGAGAAAGCAUUAGCCAAUCAGUUCCUGGCACCGGGACGGACACCAACGAUAGCCAGUGAGAGGAUGCCAGCCAGUAAGACCGUGCACAUGCAGAGCAAGGCUCGGUGCACAGGAGAAAUGCGCAGUGAACUGCUGGGCACAGUAAGCCUCUUUCCUCACACUCAGUCGUCUGAAACAGAUCUUCGUCACAGGAGGGGUGUGCCUCUGGAUGAGAGACAGUCUGCAGCAGAACUGGACGCUGUCUUACAGCACCAUCACAGCCUGCAGGAGAAGCUGGCGGAGGACAUGUUAAAUUUGGCCCGUAACCUGAAGAACAACACACUGGCUGCACAGAACAUCAUCAAACAGGAUAACCAGACCCUGAGUCAGUCUAUGCGUCAAGCCGACAUGAACUUUGAGAAACUGAAGACGGAGUCGGAACGCCUGGAGCAGCACGCGAAGAAAUCCGUCAACUGGUUCCUCUGGCUUAUGCUUAUCCUGGUGUCGUUCAUGUUCAUCAGCAUGAUCCUGUUUAUCCGACUCUUCCCUCGUCUCAGAUGAUGCCAGCCUCCCCUCACCCCCACCCCACCCCCUCCACCUGGGCCAGACUUUGACAUAGUCCUCUUUGAUUGAGGCUUACCUGCAGACAGGUGUUUUGGUUGGUCAGGGGUGGAGAUAGGUGAAGCUCAGUGGUAUGAAGGAGAGAAGAGCAGAGCCAGUCCUCUGUGCUUAUCUGACCCGACAGAACUUUCUCAGGGUUCUGAUCUCAGGUAACGUUCAGUGGCGUUGGCGUACCUGUGGAAGAAAGAAUUACGCUGUGAUUUAGUGGGAACGGUGCCUACGUGUGGAGUGUAGGCUAAACAUCAUCUGUCUCCUUUAAAAUCAACAUUAUUCAUCAAUUUGUUUCGUUUCCCAAAACACUUGACUGAUGUACAAUUCUGUGCUUUGAUUGGGAGCCCUCGUUAAGCCCGCCCUCUCCUGUGGUAAUGCUGAUUGGCUGUAGAUGUUGGCCCUCGUGUGAUAAAGUCUGCUGUGUGGAUAGGCUCGAGAAUUUUUAAAUGUGUUGUCCCCACGCCCACCCUUGGCCCGACAGACCCGGUUCUUCUCUGUUCUGUCUGUGCCUGCGUGUGACAGUUGGUUAUAUGUUGGUUAUAUGUUAUUGGCCCAGACUGAUGACAGAUACUGUUCUUUGCCCCUCACUGACACUCUAGGUGUGUAAGUAUUAUAAACUAAGCUUCCAGUUCAGGUGUGAGAGAGACUGACAAUGUUUUUAUGAUCUUUAGGUGACCCAUAGAUCAAUUAAAAACAGGUUUUAUCCAUUCCAGUUGUUGUGACAUAUCUUUGAUCAACAGUCAAUACUGCCCCCUCCUGUGCAGUCAGGGGAACAACCUGAAGAAUAAACAAUGAAAUCUACAGAAAUUCCGCAGCUGGAAAUUUCUCUUGGAGGAUCGUAGAACAGCCUGUUCACUUGCCCUGUUCCCCGGCCGACCGGACUCUGUGGUCCGUGUGUCUGCUGGGGCGUUUAGGCUAUUUUGGGCUCUGACCCGACUUGUCUGGACUUGCUGUUUCUACAUCGCGGCCCCUCGCCGGGCCGGCCGCACUCUAGGAGGUAGCGGGAGCUGUUUGUGAUUCUGUGAAACACUGUUUGGUUUUUUUGGGGCUGUGAGAAUGUACCCUGCCCCCCCUGCCCCUUCCCCUCUCCAAACCACCUGCAUUCAGCCAGGUAACCUUAGUUACGGUGUGUUCCAUCACGCUGGUUAAAAUAAGAAACUACACACACACACACACACUGAGGAGUAUGUUUCACUCGGUACAGACUGUAUUAUUAACUGCUGUCCGUCCCCUGGUCGUGAGCUGUUGAUGUGUUUGUGAUCGGAGCUCAUGUGAGGGACGGAUUAAUGUUGUAGGGAAGAGUAAAGGCACGUAGCCCAUUCUCUGCAUG